GGACUUAAACAGCAAUUAUGUUUUUCCUACCCCGUUUAAACCCUCCGAAACCCUUCUUCCAGCUCAAAGCCCCAAUUCUCGACCAUCCUCCAUCUCUGUUCAUCUCUUGAAGCAAAUAAUCAUUAACGAACAACUGAAACCACGUAUUUGGUUGGGUUUUAAGAAAAAAUUAUAAGAUUGAGGAAUUUUGCAUAUUUGGAGACAUUGAAUCGUUUGGUAUUAACCCUUUCUGUGGGGAAAAGCAAUGACUGAAGCUGGAGAUACCAAACCGAAGGAAGAAUUUCUAGAGUUUAAUAGGGAUUUUGAUGUCGAUAUAACAGGUGACAAGGAGCUAUGGCUUAUUCAUUGGCCCCUUCAUUCGACUCCCGAAAUUGAUGGACAAGCAAUCUCAUUGAAGGUUAACAACGAUGGUCUAUUGGGUACUGUUGAGAAUUCAACUGGAAAACGAUAUGAAUUGGUUAGUUACAAAUCCCAGACACCCGAAGCAACAGUAUUUUUGCCUUCCUCAUCAGGCAGCAAAAUUGUUGGGAAGAUCUCACGGGAGGUUUCUGUUGUGCAUUAUCCGGACCCAAAUGAAAUUUCAGAGCGCACGGUUAUUAAAAGAAUGGCAGAAAGGUCGGCUGCUUCUACGUUGACGAAUUCAGCGAAUCGUUACUCAACCCCCACACAGGGUACUAGGUCCAGAAGUUCAAGGCCUAGUACCUCCUCAAUGCGGAGUAGUAGAGAUAGAGCCGAAGCAUCGAGAAGGCAUGAACCAGUAAGGUCCAUUGACCUUUCUACUCAAGAUUCUGGAAAAGAACAUAGUGCUGUUACCUCCACAGGGUCAUUAGAGCAAUCUCAGGAAGGAAAAUCUAAAAAGAGAAAGAAAAAUUAGAACUUCAGUUUGCUGAUUUCAUUAGCAGAGGAAGAAAUCUUUCUGUGUUUUAUGUUGGAGGUAAUGCAAUUGUGAACAGUGAUCUACAAACAGGGUUCUUCUAGCUUUUGGUAUACUCUUGCUUGGGAUAUUAUACUAGCUUUUUCGCCCUCUCCUUCUAUGACUUCCUGUCCAAUAGCAUGUAGUAGAUCCUAGAGAUAUCAUUGUUGUUACAAAACAAUCAGUGACGAGAAGGGAUCAGUUGAUCCAGUUUUGAUGAUAUAUUAACAGGAUCUGUUUGUUUAAUUUGGUGAUGUUAUAACAAUACUGUGUACACAUUUGGAUUACUUUGUAGUUCAACUAUUCCUGUCACACCGUUUUAUCAUUAAAACACGCCUUCUUCGACCAAUCCAUAUUGUCCAAGCAGGAUCUCCUGAAACGACUUUGUAACCUGCACUUGUGUACAAGUUACGGGCACCAGAAUCAUCUUCAUAAGCUCGCAACACAAGAUAAUCAAAGCCCCAAACUGCUGCAAGAGCGUCACAAGCUUUCAGCAAUGCCGUGCCCACUUUUUGCCGCCUAGAUUAAAAUGAACACAGAGCAGCAAGUUCAUACAGGGAGAUUUACAAGGAACAUUUUCAGACUACUCAAGGAUUGUGAUGGAACCUGAAUUUGCUUAGUACAGCUAUCCCUGAAACGUAAAGGUACUCCUCUGCUCCCGGGAGAUGCCCAAGAACAUCGUUAUCCCUCAAAACUGUGACAUCAACAACGCCAACGAGGUUUUCUUCUUCAGUGCCAGAGCCAUCAUCAUCAUUCACAGGUUCCGCGACUAAACAGGCAUACCUUUACGGGUCAUCAGAUCGAAGCAAGAGAUUGGAUUAGGCAACAUUUCUGCCUUUGGUACAAAUGACAUUCUCAAUGAGCAUUAUUUACUAAUUGAUCAGGCAGCUACUUACUCCUAUGAAUAUGAUCAAGAUCAUACUUGAAGACCAUAGCCUCUAACCAAAAAAUCAUUUGGUUUAUAAACAGAUGGACCCAAAUAUUUCAUUGACUAGUGAUUAGUUACAUAAUUGCAACGAACAAAUGUGGCAUAAAAUCUCCAACAGACUAAUCAAUACCCCCUCUAGUCCUACAUAUAAGGUACCAAAUGAAACUAAAAUUAGUUCAAAUUUACCCCUUAAUAAGUAGGAGCCGGCGGAGUAUAAUGUACAAAUGCUCUUCUCACCUGUCUGAUGGAGAGUUCUUUAGUCUGUAAAGAAGCCCUGCAAGCACUUCAGCCUGUCAUCAGAGCAGUCAUACAGAUAAUCAGAGGAAGAAUCAUUUUCUUCUCCUCACAAAACGAAAAUGUGAACAAAAACAGAACAGAAAAAAUGGACUCAGAAAAAAAAAAAAAAAAAACCUGAAAGAAUUGAAAGAACAAGUCAUUGAACAGAAUCACAGGCUCAUGAAAAGCUUCGGCUUGAACUCGGGCAACUUCCCUCAUCUCUUCAUCUGUCUCAACCAUCCUCCUUACAUGCCAUCCAUGAGCAUUAGUCAGAGAACCAAACUUAUCUCCUCUGUUCGAUGUCAUCAUCAUAAGCCUUUCUUUCUUGCUGAUUCCUUCUUCAGCUUCCAACACUUCAGCAUCAUUUAGCUGACCAACUUCCUCUGCUGAUGAAGUAGCUGAAGUAGAGCAGCAGCAUUGUUGUUGCAGAGGAAAAACAGCCCUUUUUCUUCCAUUUCCAAAUGGCCCUUUAGGAUUAGUAGUGUUACUGAACAAUCUGUUAGCUGCUGAACUUUUGCAUAUCCAGUUCAGCUCAAUGAAGUCAAUGUAAUUGACAAUGUUUGAUUUGCAUUUCCAUGGCAAAAAAUUUGGACAUUUGAGUGGCAAAUGAACCAUUUUUUUCCCCCUUUAUGUUUUAACGAAAAGGAACAGUGGACUGCAAUUUUCUUCCCAAAGAAACUAAAAGCAAAAACCAAAGAAGGAAAAACAUGAUGUA